AUGUCAGUCAACGCAUCCGGUCAAGCGGCCGUCGACCGUCGAGAUUCCACGAAGGCAUAUGAAGCCCUCAGAUCGAGCCCCGCCUCAAUAACGAAUGGCCACGAACGAUUAGUACCUCAAGGUCAUCAAAGACUCGUUUUUACCGACCCAGUCGCCUUACGCUACCUCGAAGAAGACCCCUCGACCGAUGUCCUAGAGCGCCGCUCAACCUUGGAAGGAUACGAAAUCUAUAUCGUGGAACAAUGGGCUUGCUCUCGCGACCAACCGACCUUUGUCAUAUCUACAUACACGGGAGAUCCGUCGCAUACUGUCAUGGUUGGUGUCCUCAGUGUCCCGACAGACGAAAGUUCAUGGUCGCCUCGAUUGAAGAUGUACUUCAAUGCCCUCACAGAGUCUCAGGCUCGCAAGAAAGAGACUCCCCAUGGAACAGUCAUGGUCACCGACUUGGGUUCCUUUCCAUCAGCACUCACAGUCAUUCCUGUCCCUGGAGGAGAUAUCAAGAAGCACCGAGAUGAUUUUAUCGUGAACGAGAAUUUGAAGCGUUUGGGCUGUGCAGGCCGUGCAGCCCUCAAACUCCAACAGCCGUUACCUGCGACCGAAGCGAAGUUUCAUCAGCUUUACCGAGCCAGCGAAAGAGUCCCUUUGUACAAUGCGGUGGUUGAGUUAGUGAAGCAAUGCCAAAUUGCCUUGAUGAUGUUUGACAAAUUGGCACCUGAAUAUGUCGAUGGUCUGUUGUGUGAUGUAACUGACAAAGCUAUCAGUGACUGGUGGGCGGAUAUCGGGGCAGACCUGUACAACAUCGAACCAAGCGAUGGUAUGCUCGGGCCAACCAGUGUCGCUGCUAUUCUGGGAACACUGCUUGGUGCUCGAAACAGAUUGCACGCCUACGGUGCUCCUGUGGGUAAAGAUGCAUUUGACAUCGACAACCUGAAACGGGGCAUUGGAGGAUUCCAGAAAUCCCAGAAACUCAGUCGAACGCGGAGGCUAGACCGAGAUACUUUGGAUCGCCUACAUCGUGCCACAGCAAAGGCUGCCAAUGCAGAAGGAUGGACAGACGCCGUCAAGUCAACCGUGGCUGAGCUCAGUGGGCAAGGUGGUGAGAUGGUCAUGGGAAUGGUUCGUGGUCGCGAGAAAGGUGGUAUUGCAGAUAUCGAAACCCUUGACAUCGAGACCUUUAUCCAAUGCUGCUAUGGAUCAAGAGCGAAAUGGCUAUGGCUGGGGAAGCUUCGCAAGAGCGGCACCGACCACUCUUUCGUGCAUGCGCCCACAUCAGAUAUGAUGUUUACGGCUGAUGACCAAGGCGGCUAUCAUUGGACCAGUCGAAAGAAACAUUCCACAGAAGACUUGCAAAUAGAGCGAGCGGCCAUUGGCCCUGAUCGACUUGGAAAAUAUCCUGAUUCUUGGCCUCUCGAAGAGAAGGAUCACCGUAAGAAGGGUGUUAGUGGACGGGUAUCUGACGCUCGAGCGGGCUUGGGUCGUUUCAAAGAUGCAGUCGGACUGCCCGGUCUGCGCUCGCACCAUCACAAGCAUCCCAGAGAAGGAACUGAUUUGACCCACGAUAUUGCUUAUAAUCCAUCUAUUGAAAGUGAUACAGAAAUGUCAAUAGCCAAGACUAGAGCAACUAGCGGAUUGACCUCCGACUCGAAGGUGGAUGGGGACCUAGAGUCACGAGCAGACGAUGAUCUCAGCUUGCAACCCUCUCCAGCGGCAGAAUCGAGGCUCGAAGUCAAGCCUCCAGAAAUUCACAUUGAGUCUGUGCCGACCGGAACGGAGAUUGAAGUUCAGCCUCAACAAAAUGAUCAUCUGCAACCACUCGCGGGGGUUGAAGAGGAAUCGGACUUGGAGCUUACAAGAACACGAUCUACCGCCGCAUCAAGUGAGCAGGGUGACGGAGAGUAUACUCGGCCCACCUUGGCAUGGAUGGCUCUUCGGCGUGCACAAAGCUGUGAAGAACUUCGGAGCAUUGAUAAUGAACCUCAGCGUUGCGAUGACCGAUGUGCGAGGCACCUGUCCUUCAGCAAUGUCGAAGAGGUAGUGCACGCCUCUAAGCCCUUGGUUGAUCAGCCAAGACUGGAGGAUACAGCCACGUUGGAUGAGCUCGUUGCUCGCGAGGACAUGCUAGCGUCUGAUGUUCGCAUAUUCAGCUCGCGAAUACUGGAGCUCAGUGAACGUACUGUUCCUUGGGUCGAACGUCAAGUGGAUACUGUCGAUGGGCUAAACCGAACUCUGUAUGAGCAACACGAGGAACUGAACUCAGUCUACCUGGACCGCUUCGGCGACUAUCAACGGCUACGAGAAAGAUCCAGCGAUCUGUUGACCGAUGAGCAAUCCUUUUUGAAUGAUAGUAUCAAACGAGUCGAACUGCUUGGUGCUAAGCUGGACUACGAGCUCCAUGUUCUUGAAUCCAAAGUGGAGGAUAUGGAGGAGGGAUUGACUGAUUUCGAGCGACACAUUGCCAAUGUAGAAGGCCGAAUUAAAGGCUUACUUCAGGGUGAAGAUGACCAUAGCACAUCUUGGAUGGCAUGGGUUCGACAAUCGCUCGGCUUUGCGCCUUUGCAAUGA